AUGAACGGCAGUCCCGAGACCACUUCCAUACCCCACCCUACUCCCACCCAACCUCGUCCAGAGACCUCUCCCAUACCUCACUCUACUCUCACCAUCGCCCAACCUCGUCCCGAGACCUCUUCCAUACCCCACCCUACUCCCACCCAACCUCGUCCAGGGACCUCUUCCAUACCUCACUCUACUCUCACCAUCGCCCAACCUCGUCCCGAGACCUCUUCCAUACCCCACUCUACUCUCACCAUCGCCCAACCUCGUCCCGAGACCUCUACCAUACCCCACUCUACUCUCACCAUCGCCCAACCUCGUCCCGAGACCUCUUCCAUACCCCACCCUACUGUCACCCAACCCCGUCCAGAGACCUCUUCCAUACUCUCACCAUCGCCCAACCUCGUCCCGGGACCUCUUCCAUACCCCACUCUACUCUCACCAUCGCCCAACCUCGUCCCGAGACCUCUUCCAUACCCCACCCUACUCCCACCCAACCUCGUCCAGAGACCUCUUCCAUACCUCACUCUACUCUCACCCAACCUCGUCCAGAGACCUCUUCCAUACUCUCACCAUCGCCCAACCUCGUCCCGAGAACUCUUCCAUACCCCACCCUACUCCCACCCAACGUCGCCCCGAGACCUCUUCCAUACCCCACCCUACUCUCACCCAACCUCGUCCAGAGACCUCCUCCAUACCUCACUCUACUCUCACCAUCGCCCAACCUCUUCCCGAGGCCUCUUCCAUAUCCCACCCUACUCCCACCCAACCUCGUCCAGAGACCUCUUCCAUACCUCACUCUACUCUCACCAUCGCCCAACCUCUUCCCGAGACCUCUUCCAUACCCCACCCUACUCCCACCCAACUUCGUCCCGAGACCUCUUCCAUGCCCCACCCUACUCCCACCCAACCUCGUCCCGAGACCUCUUCCAUACCCCACCCUACUCCCACCCAACCUCGUCCAGAGACCUCUCCCAUACCUCACUCUACUCUCACCAUCGCCCAAUGUCGUCCAGAGACCACUUCCAUAACCAACCCUACUCCCACCCAACCUCGUCCAGAGAUCUCUUCCAUACCCCACCCUACUCCCACCCAACCUCGUCCCGAGACCUCUUCCAUACCCCACCCUACUCCCACCCAACCUCGUCCCGAGACCUCUUCCAUACCUCACUCUACUAUCACCAUCGCCCAACCUCGUCCAGAGACCUCUUCUAUACCCCACCCUACUCCCACCCAACCUCGUCCAGAGACCUCUUCCACACCCCACCCUACUCCCACCUAACCUCGUCCAGAGACCUCUUCCAUACCUCACUCUACUCUCACCCAACCUCGUCCAGAGACCUCUUCCAUACCUCACUCUACUCUCACCAUCGCCCAACCUCGUCCCGAGGCCUCUUCCAUACCACACCCUACUCUCACCCAACCUCGUCCAGAGACCUCUUCCAUACCUCACUCUACUAUCACUAUCGCCCAACCUCGUCCAGAGACCUCUUCCAUACACCACCCUACUCCCACCCAACCUCGUCCCGAGACCUCUUCCAUACCUCACUCUACUCUCACCCAACCUCGUCCCGAGACCUCUUCCAUACCUCACUCUACUCUCACCAUCGCCCAACCUCUUCCCGAGGCCUCUUCCAUACCCCACCCUACUCCCACCCAACCUCGUCCCGAGACCUCUUCCAUACCCCACCCUACUUCCUACUGGGACCUGGUCACAACCAACAAACCUCGCAGCCUGCUGCAGCCAACCAACCUCGCAGCCUGGUCACAGCCAACCAACCUGAUCGCAGUUUGGUACCAACCAACCAGCCUCGCAGCCUGGUCACAACCAACCAACCUGAUCGCAGCCUGGUCACAGCCAACCAACCUGAUCGCAGCCUGGUCACAACCAACAAACCUCGCAGCCUGGUCACAGCCAACCAACCUGAUCGCAGCCUGAUCACAGCCAACCAACCUCGCAGCCUGGUCACAGCAAACCAACCUGAUCGCAGCCUGAUCACAGCCAACCAACCUCGCAGCCUGGUCACAGCCAACCAAACCCACAGCCUGGUCACAGCCAACCAACCUGAUCGCAGCCUGGUCACAGCCAAACAACCCCACAGCCUGGUCACAGCCAACCAAACUCGCAGCCUAGCCACAGCCAACCAACCUGAUCGCAGCCUAGUCACAGCCAACCAACCUGAUCGAAGCCUGGUCACAGCCAACCAAUCUCGCAGCCUGGUCACAGCCAACAAACCUUGCAGCCUAAUUACAGCCUCACACUUCCACUGA